CCUCCCAAACAACCCCAAACUUACAAAAUGGCAUCAUCUCUUCCUCAGUUCUACGCUGAUUUCACAACAUUUUCCGGUGAGACUUCUUCGCAGUUUCACGGCUCUUCUUCAUGUCCUGACGUGGACUCUUCGUUAUCCAGCUACCUCGACGACUGUUAUGGCUCCUUCAAUACCUCUUCUAAUCCAGAAUCCAUCUUUGUGCCCCAAGUUUUUGGUAUUUCUGACGUCUCUGUGCCUGAAUACAACAACUACUACCAGAAAAUGAGUGUGAAUAAUGCCACACAAUACUUUCAUGGUGGGGAUCAUCAAGAAUACUACGGCUUUUCACCGGAGAUCAAGCCCUUGUUCCGUCCGGCCACAGGAGAGCAAUCUUGGGGAAAUAGUGAAGGAGGGAUACAGGCUGAGCCAAACACAAAAGUGGGACGCUAUUCGGUGGAAGAACGUAAAGACAGAAUCAUGAGGUACUUGAAGAAGAAGAACCAACGCAACUUCAAUAAGACCAUCAAGUAUGUGUGUCGUAAAACCCUAGCCGACCGACGUGUUCGUGUUCGCGGCCGAUUUGCUAGAAACAAUGACACAUGUGAAGAACAAUCUCACAUGUCUAAGAAUCACAACAACCAUUCUGAAAAAGAAGAAGACAUGUUUUCAGGAUCAGACGACUACCUAAUCCAGAUGGAACACGAUGACGGAUGGCUUCACGAAGCAAUGUCUAAUCUAAUUCCUUUUCCUUGUGAAUUUGACGCUCCUGGAGAUGCUCAUCAUCCAAACACUUGGAGCUUCUGAUGUCAUUACCUAUCUCAUUUACUUCCGAAUCAAUUAAUGUCGCUGGCUAUUAAAUUUUCAUCAGUUAGUUUAGUUUUACUAAGCAGCUUAUUUAUUUUAUGGUAGAUUUAUCAUAUUGUACUUAAUUAUUCUUGGGGUUAUUGAACAUGAAGAUUCUGUCUAGUGAAUAAAUAAAAGAACUUCAC